ACGACACAAAACCCCGAUUAAGUGAUCAUCCCCGCAAUCAUUGCACGUUUUGAUAUUUUUCUUUGGCUGGAGGAUCUUCAUAAUGUAAUCUGGAUGGCCAUAUUUCCUCUUGUGUCUUUUUUCGAUGGUACGUCUUGCUGUGGGUACCCCCCAGAGGAAUCCAUCCCCGAUAAUAUCCCUUAAGGAGAAGGCGGAUUUCGGGUGUGAAACCUCAUUUUGGACUUCGAUACCGGCCAAACAGUAUCCAUCUGUCAAAAAGUGAGGUUAUAAUCUCUCCACUGCGUGCAGUUGUCCACGACGGAGGUGUUAUAUAACGAGCGAAUUACCUGGAGGAAAUCUUCUGCCCAAGACGGAGGCGAUGGCCAAUUCGAGGCGUUGGAUUGCGACAUUUAUGCGGAUUAAAAGUGAACCCGCCAUGGUCUAGGAACAGCGGCAGCGUUUUCCGAUCAGCUGUAGUGGGACAAACUGGCCGACAGUGGAAAGGUGCGAUGCCGAGUCUCUUUGCGAUAGGGGACCACCGUCUCACAACAGUCUUGACGAUGGCUUCUAUAGGGUCUGGGAGACUCUGUGCUCGGGUGCAGGAAAAACUGUGUCAGUGGGGACAAUCGACUCAAUUCAGGAGGGAAGCGUCCUCAUGUGUGCGGACAAAAUUCGGAUUGCAAACCACCCCCAGGAAAGUCGCCCACGAGCAAAAGAAUCAAAAACAAUCACAGACUUUGGCGGCGACUGCGGCACAAAGUGUCGCUUCAGGAUGUUGGCAUCCUUGCAGCAGGCCGGAAGUUGCAGCCACAGCUCGCAGUUUCAGUACAAUGAGAACGCAGCAACCUGGUUCCCUCCCUGAGUACCAAGUGGAUCCCUAUCACCUUUUAGAAGACGACCUCAAGGACGUUUACGUUUAUAUUCGAGACGCUUUGCGAAGAAGCACUUACCAAGAUGACCUCUACGAGAUAGCUACAUAUUAUUUCGAUGGACAUGGGAAAGCAAUUAGACCAAUGGUGGCUAUCCUCAUGGCUAGGGCGAUAAAUUAUCACAUAUAUAAAGAAAAAAGUGGUCUUUUGACGUCGCAAAGGGAAGUAGCGAUGAUUUCGGAAAUGAUCCACACAGCCUCUCUCGUCCACGACGACGUCAUUGAUCAGUCAGAUUUCCGUCGUGGUAAACCCAGCGUCAACGUGAUGUGGAAUCAUAAAAAGGUAACCAUGGCUGGAGAUUUCAUCUUAGCGGUUGCUUCAAUCAUGAUAGCUAGGUUAAAAAAUAAUGACGUCACUCUAGUUCUUAGUCAAGUUGUCUCCGACUUAGUUCAGGGAGAGUUCAUGCAACUCGGAUCUAAGGAAACGGAAAACGAACGAUUUGCUCAUUAUCUAACCAAAACAUACAGAAAAACCGCUUCUCUUAUAGCCAACUCUGUAAAAUCGGUGACAAUGUUAGCCGGUGCUGAUGAACAACUCUCUGAUAUUUCAUAUCAAUAUGGACGGAAUUUAGGUUUAGCGUUUCAGUUAGUUGACGAUCUUCUCGAUUUUGUCUCAAGUUCAGCAGCUAUGGGAAAACCUACAGCAGCCGAUCUGAAACUCGGCCUGGCUACAGCUCCUGUGCUUUUUGCUUGCGAAAAAUUCCCUGAACUGAAUCCGAUGAUUAUGAGGCGAUUCCAAGAGCCUGGGGAUGUCGAAAGGGCUUUUGACCUCGUCCAUAAAUCUCGAGGCCUUGAACAGACACAAUAUUUGGCCAAACAACACUGUCAGGAGGCCGUGAGGCUUGCUAACCUUCUGGAGGAAAGUCCAUAUCAAAAAGGACUGAUAGUUGCGGCUGAUUAUGUACUAAAUCGUAUGAAAUAGUACACGAGGGUAGUACUUGUGUUGAGUAGGUGUUCUAGUUAUGAAAUUUAUAUUUAUAGGUGACGUUAGCUGUAUGAUAUUAAUUGUAUAUUUUUGUAUUUCCAGCUCGAUAUUUAUAAACAUCGGCAUUUCAAGACCAGUGUCUUCUAUGUUAGAAACUUUGUUAUUAUAUAAAUUAGAGUUUUUUGAAUUAACUAGUUGUUAACUGUUGAGUGUUGAGUGCAGUGCUGUAAAUGUAUGAACCAAAUAUUGCAUGAAAGUCACUAAUGUUGUUAUAACUAUCCAGUCAUGCUUAGGAUAAGAUUUUGAUGAUGGUAUAACGCUUACAUUUACUACCAGGAUUUAUUUUUAUUUAUUCAGCAUACCUACACAGGGGUUAUUUAUUCUGUUUCAUUAAUAAAAUGUUAAAUAAAAUAAUUUGGUGUCUGUUUUAAACCGAUAGUUGCUAGCUAAAAGUAGGUGCGCUCAAUAGAUUUGAAUAUGUUUCAUGUAUAUAAUUUUAAAAAGUAUUAAAGAUAUUUAUAUUAAAAAUGAAAUAUUCAUUAAAAAUAUUAUUACUUGUAAUUUUGUUGAUGAAUCUGAUGUAUAUAAGUUUUUUACAAAUGUUAUUAUUCCAUCGAUUAAUUGCAAGCAGUGUUUACACAAAUGAUGUAUAUAAGUAAUCUUGUUACAAUUAUUAUGUAAAAUAUGAUAUCUAAUAUGUAUAUUUUGAUUUAUUUACAUGUAAAAUUUAUUAAUAAAGUGAACAACUGGUGGGUUUGACAUGAUUUUUGUUGAGAUUGCUAUGCUAAUAACUAAAAUAAAAUUAAAAAUUAUAA